AUGAAUAAAUCAAAACCUAUGGUGAGAAAUAUAAAAUCUUAGAAUAGGGGAAAUUAAUUAUAAUAAUUAAGUAAUAAAAAGGAAUUUGAUUAUUAAAUAAGGAAGAGAAGCAAAACUCAAUAGGGUUUUUUCCAAGAAGUAAACAGCUUUUUAAGGUUGGGUGGCAAAUAUUCAUUAAGAUCAGGUAUGUUCAUCUCCUCAACACCAAGGAAACCUUUAACUCAUGAUAAAGAAACUCAAUCUCCAAAUCAGAUAAAGGAUAGAUAAGAAAAAGAUUCUGUAAAAUAAGAUUGAAAUUAUUAAAGAGGAAAAUUUUGAGGAUACAGCCAUAAAUUAAUAAAUACUUAAAUAACAUUAAGCAUAACUAAGAGCAAAAGAAUAAAUAGAUAAAGUGAUGAAACAAUGUUAAAAAAUCAAAUUAAACUGA